AUGGCGGGGCAGCAGUUCCAGUACGAUGACAGCGGGAACACCUUCUUCUAUUUCCUCACCUCCUUCGUGGGGCUUAUCGUGAUUCCGGCCACAUACUACCUCUGGCCCCGAGACCAGAAUGCCGAGCAAAUUCGAUUAAAGAAUAUCAGAAAAGUGUAUGGAAGAUGUAUGUGGUAUCGCUUACGGUUAUUAAAACCUCAGCCAAAUAUUAUUCCUACAGUAAAGAAAAUAGUUCUGCUUACAGGAUGGGCAUUGCUUUUAUUCCUUACAUACAAAGUUUCCAAAACAGACCGAGAAUAUCAAGAAUACAAUCCUUAUGAAGUAUUAAAUUUGGAUCCUGGGGCAACAGUAGCAGAAAUUAAGAAACAGUAUCGUUUGUUGUCCCUUAAAUAUCAUCCAGAUAAAGGAGGUGAUGAAGUGAUGUUCAUGAGGAUAGCAAAAGCUUAUGCAGCUUUAACUGAUGAAGAGUCUCGGAAAAAUUGGGAAGAAUUUGGAAAUCCAGAUGGGCCUCAAGCCACAACCUUUGGAAUUGCCUUGCCAGCUUGGAUAGUUGACCAGAAAAAUUCAAUUUUGGUAUUACUUGUUUAUGGGUUGGCAUUUAUGGUUAUCCUUCCAGUUGUUGUGGGCUCUUGGUGGUAUCGCUCAAUACGUUAUAGUGGAGACCAGAUUCUAAUACGCACGACACAGAUUUAUACAUACUUUGUUUAUAAAACCCGGAAUAUGGAUAUGAAACGUCUUCUCAUGGUUUUGGCAGGAGCCUCUGAAUUUGAUCCUCAGUAUAAUAAAGAUGCCACAAGCAGACCAACGGAUAAUAUUCUAAUACCACAGCUAAUCAGAGAAAUUGGCAGCAUUAAUUUAAAGAAGAAUGAACCACCACUUACCUGCCCAUACAGCUUGAAGGCCAGAGUUCUUUUACUGUCUCAUCUUGCUAGAAUGAAAAUUCCUGAGACACUUGAAGAAGAUCAGCAGUUUAUACUUAAAAAGUGUCCUGCCCUACUUCAAGAAAUGGUGAAUGUAAUCUGCCAACUAAUAAUAAUGGCCCGGAGCCGUGAAGAAAGGGAGUUUCGUGCUCCAACUUUGACAUCCCUAGAAAACUGCAUGAAGCUUUCUCAGAUGACCGUUCAAGGCCUUCAGCAGUUUAAGUCUGCCCUUCUGCAGCUCCCUCACAUUGAAGAGGACAAUCUUAGACGGGUUUCUAAUCAUAAAAAGUACAAAAUUAAAACUAUCCAGGAUUUGGUAAGUUUAAAAGAAUCAGAUCGUCACAAUCUGCUGCACUUCCUUGAAGAUGAAAAAUAUGAAGAGGUGAUGGCUGUACUUGGGAGUUUUCCGUAUGUGACUAUGGACAUAAAAUCACAGGUAUUGGAUGAUGAAGAUAGCAACAAUAUUACAGUAGGAUCCCUAGUUACAGUGUUGGUUAAAUUGACAAGGCAAACAAUGGCAGAAGUAUUUGAAAAGGAGCAGUCCAUCUGUGCGGCCGAGGAACAGCCAGCAGAAGAUGGGGGUGAUGCUAACAAGAACAGGACAAAAGGAGGAUGGCAACAGAAGAGUAAAGGACCCAAGAAAACUGCUAAAUCAAAAAAAAAGAAGCCUUUAAAAAAAAAACCAACACCUGUGCCAUUACCACAGUCAAAGCAGCAGAAACAAAAGCAGGCAAAUGGAGUCAUUGGGAGUGAAGCUGUAGUAAAGGAAGAUGAAGAAGAAGUGUCUGACAAAGGCAGUGAUUCUGAAGAAGAAGAAACCAAUAGAGAUUCCCAAAGUGAAAAGGAAGAUGGUAGUGACAGAGACUCUGAUAGAGAGCAAGAUGAAAAGCAAAACAAAGAUGAUGAAGCAGAAUGGCAAGAAUUACAACAGAGUAUACAACGAAAGGAGAGAGCUCUGCUGGAAACCAAAUCAAAGAUAACACAUCCUGUUUAUAGUCUUUACUUUCCUGAGGAAAAACAAGAAUGGUGGUGGCUUUAUAUUGCAGACAGGAAGGAACAGACAUUAAUAUCUAUGCCAUAUCAUGUGUGUACACUAAAAGAUACCGAAGAGGUAGAAUUGAAGUUCCCUGCACCAGGCAAGCCUGGAAAUUAUCAGUAUACGGUGUUUCUGAGAUCAGACUCCUAUAUGGGUUUGGAUCAGAUUAAGCCAUUGAAGUUGGAAGUUCAUGAGGCUAAACCUGUGCCAGAAAAUCACCCACAGUGGGAUACAGCAAUAGAGGGAGAUGAAGACCAGGAGGACAGCGAGGGCUUUGAAGAUAGCUUUGAGGAAGAGGAAGAGGAAGAGGAAGAUGAUGACUAAGCAUACUAUGAAUGGACCACAAUAUUUGCACAUAUUUGCAAAUUUUUGCUGUUUUGGAAGUGUAUAAUAAACCAGAAGCAGUGCAGAACUGAUGUUGAGGAAGGUAUUAGUUUCUUCACUAGAAAUUAGAAAUGGAUGCAUAAUAUAACUAGGCGGUGGUGGUGCCUUGGUACAACCUGAAAAAUGCUUAAGGCUUAUUAAAGCCUUUCAAGUAUGGGAUGGUGCAUUUAUUUCAUCUGCAAACGAUAAUAAAUCCUUUGUUAUAACCAUCCAGAAGUGUGGGCUAUGUAUUAUCUGAUCAGUUUAUGGUCCCAGUAAAAGUAAAGGUACAUGAAAAACAAUUUAUAAAGAAGCAACUUCUCUUCAUUCAGCUUUAGUUUUAGCAAACAGUAAAGUAUGAUAAACACCACAGUUGAGUUUUAAGUAAUAUCUGCUCAAGUUUUCAACCUCUUGAUAAGCUCUAUUAUUCAUUUACUGACAUUUGCAGUGAUACAAGAAUGUUUAUAACAGCUCCAUCCAUGGCUUUAAACCUUUUAUUUUUACCUAUCUCGGUCAUAAGUUGGUAUUCUCUCACAUUCCACAUAACAUAGAGGGCUACAUUUUGGUAUUUUCCUUUUCUUAAUUGCCCAGAGUUAUCACACAGAUUAUAAAAAUGGCUUAAAACAUUUUUAAGCCUCUAUUUUAGCAGACCAGUGCAGGGUCUAAUUCUUUUGAUAGGCUGUUGGUCUAAAAAUGAUUAUAGGACUAUGUGUUCUCUGAAUGUUGGUGACUUAUGUUAUUAAACCUUUUUAAAAAGAUUCACUAUAAAAGCUGAAAUACAUUCUUAGCUUUUAAUCUACCUGACUCAAUCAGAAGCCUUUUAAGGGAAACAGAACAUGCAAAGGAGGCGUUUUUUGUAUUCAUUUUGGACUCCUGUCAAUAAAAUAGAAGUUUGACUCAUUUUAUGUUUGUAAUGGUGUGUGUCUUUUUACUCCCAGAGAAAGGACUUAAAUAGGGCAAUUCAUUCUUUUAUUUUUCAACUAAAAAUUUAGUAACCUUGUAUAUUACUGCUAGAGUGACUGCUGUUUCUGUAUAGCACUGAAAAACCUACAAGGGGGAAGGAGUCCACUAACCACAGUGCAACCUGGAAGGAUAGUGUUUCUAAAGAGUAGAAAUGUGUACAUGAUGAAUCAUUGAGGCAAGGUGAAUAUUUUUAUUGCUAGAUAGUGAGGAAGCAUAAGUAAUAUUAUAGGACUGAUUGUGAUAAUCCCCUCCUAUCAGAAUCUCCAUAGGCCAAAGUACUGUUGGGAUACUAAUUUGUGACCUUGUUUACAUAAAAUGUUGAUAAUUUACGUGCAAAAUAACCAUUGGUAUUUUGUCACUGCAGUAAUUGGAAACAAAAUUUGAAAAUUACCAAAACAUGAGAAAUCCUCUGGGGGAAAAAAAAAAUUACCAAAACAUGAAUAGCUUUUUGGUUCUAAAUUUAGGAUGCAGUAAUUCCUAUCAAAUGGUCAAAGCAGUUCUUUCACUGGAAACUUGAGAUCACUUGCUUUUCUUUUUAAAGUUGUGAGUGAAACCCUUUCUUGGCAAGCAGGAGGCUGUGUCACUGAGGAUUUGUUUCAUUUGCUUCAUUUUACAAGGAGAGGAUGGGUUUAAUUUUAGAGGCAAGUUUUUGCUGUGAAGCUGCAGUGUACAUCGAGGCAUCUGCUGGUCACAUAAGUAUGGUGAAAGAGAGGCAGCCUUGUUGCGCCAAGUGAAGUGAGAGGUCAGAGAAAACACAUCUGUGGCAUAAAGUCAAGCAAAGUGUUAAAAAUUUCCCUUAAACAAUGUGUAGUACACAUGAUUCCUAGUUUUCUUGAUAGGUACUUUUCAAGAAGAGUAUUUCUUUUCUCAGUGGGUAUUUUGUUUCAAAGAGGCUUUACAAGUUCCUCCAAGCAACUGACUACUUUUGGUUUUUAAGACUCACUGGAAAGGAUGACUUCACAACAUAAUAAACUCACCACAGUGCUUAAAAAACAGUAUUACCUAGACGUUAGAAAAUUGCUACCUCUGCCAAUCCUGGUGUCCUUUGCCCUUGGUAGGGUGUGUGUGUACUCCCAACCAAGUAAAAUAAAUUGUCCUCUAAUGAGUAUUUUACGUACCUCUUCCAUAUUGCGUUAAGGGAAGGACUGAGCCCUCAGUUUAUGGUUCUCAUCUCUCUAGCAAGUCAUUGAACUCUGCAUCCCUUCUUUCUUUCUCCGGAAUGAGAUGUAAUAAUUUACCCUGGUUUGCUUUUAAUCUAAUGGGAACUCUUACUGAGGGAAGUUUCAGUUUUGUUCUCAUUAAGAAACUGAAAUUUUGUCAACAGGAGGGAUGAGCAAGCAUAUAGUUAAAAACACUCAUUGUGUGUAUACAAAGUGAAACUGGCUGUUUACGAAAUUAAGUUACUUAAGUUGUGUAAUAUUUUUACCUCUUUAAAUUGGUGAAGUACCUAUUAAGACAAAAAAUAGUUUUCCAUAAGGAGACUUAGUUACCACAAUUGAAAGUACAGUAGUUCUAAACUUGACUAUUCUAAAACUUGAUGAUUGAGGCUGCAGCGUGUUUUCCACAUGUAUAUCUCAAUCUCAGUCAUAUGUUUGUGUCCUUUCUUUUAAAUUUUUGUGUAUUUUUUUAAAAAAUUAAGGAGCACAUUGAAUAAGGCCCUAUGUAUAGAAUCAUAAAUACCUUGUACUCCACUUUACUGCUCCCAGCUUGCACUGAGGGUGGAGAAGGGCAAGCCCCCUGAGUGGGGGAGGCUCAGGCUGCGGGUAGAUGUAGAGGGGGUGGGUACCAAAGGACUGAUGUAGAAAUGGAAAAGGGGUGUGUUUGAGGAAUGUAAGGAGGCUCUCUGGCCACAUUUAUCUAGUUAUUUGCUUCAGCUAAUCAAAACCAGAUACUGGAGUUUUCUUGAGUCAAAAUUCUUAUUUCAAACGUAAUUCAGCACCUUGGAUGUUUUUUGAGGAGUUGUUCAUCAUUCAUCACAUACUGAGUUUCUAUGUGCCUGGCUCUGCUUGGAUACUGGGGCUAUAAAAAAGAGUUCGUGUUUGUAAGGACUCACUGUGGUAUUAGGGCAGGAAGAUAUGGCAAUCCAUUUAAACCAUUUGCCUUAGCUAAUGGUCAUUGUUUGGAAUGCCUUUUGUCUUUCCACUGUAGACAGAGGAAUUAUCUUUUUUUUUUCUUUAGGUGCUAGCUAUUUAAUUUGUUGGCUUUUUUUUUUUUUU